AUGAGCUCACAAGAAAACCGGGUGGCCAUCGUCGCAGGGGCCACUUCUGGGAUAGGUAUUGACCUCGCCAAGGACCUCAUCGCAAAAGGAUGGAAAGUCGCAUGCGUAGGUCGGCGCCACGAGGCCGGUGAAGCCCUCCUGAAGGAUCUGCCGCAGGACAGAGCGCGCUUCUUUGCCGCAGAUGUCUCCAACUACGACGAGUACGCACGUGUAUUCACCAAAGUGCAUGAGCUCUGGGGUCGUAUUGAUGCGUUAUGUGCCAAUGCCGGUAUUGUCGAUAUGUCCUCCAUCUACAUCUACGACUCGAAGAACAACAGCGUCGACAACAUCCCUCCAGCACCAGAUCUGUCCGUUGUGGACAUCAACUACAAAGGCAUUGUGUAUGGCACCCAGUUGGCAAUCCAUUUCAUGCGCCAUAACCCCCAGCCCGGUGGUCGCAUUGUCGUCACGGGUAGUAUUGGCGGGAUCUUCCCCCACAAAUCGUAUCCAGUAUACUGUGGCUCCAAGGCUGCAGUGAACCACUUCAUACGGGGCGUUGCUCCGUUGCUAAAGCAAAAGGAGAAUAUUUUUAUCAAUUGCGUGAUGCCGGGGAUUGUGAGCACGCCCAUUGUGCCACCCGAGAUGAUUCGCGCCGUCACUCCUGAAUGUCUUACCCCUGUGCAGACCAUUCUCAAAGGUUAUGAAACCUUUUUAGAAGACUCGACAGGCAUGGCGGGUGAGCUAUUAGAGUGCUCAGCCGACAAGCUGAUCUACUACCAGUUGCCCGAACCAGGAAAUGGCCAUAUCACAAAGCGGGCUGUCACAGUAUGGGAGCCACUAUUCCGCAUCAUGCACGGUGAAGAUUCGAACCUGCCGGACGCCAUUCCGUGA